CUGACCAGGCGAGCUGGGUUAAUAAUGGCUACCUAAGCGGACUCUCACUUUGUUUAUAUCGGCGCGUCCGGAGCCGCUGAACGCGCUUUAUAUUUGAAUCAGACCGCGUUUCCAUUUUAAUGUACUUUGCAUCGAUUUAUACGGAUUUAUGAACCGGAGCCCUGCGGAGGGGAUGAGCUAAGCCGCUGAAUGAGAGGAAAGGGCCCUUAUGGUGCCGAUUUAACGAUGAACUCUGUCUGGGAUCUUGCGGUCUCCUCCGCUUCGGCCAGCGGCAGCACCAGCAGCCCGGCAGCGGCCGCUUCCUCCCGGGCUCUGCAUGUGGAGCUCACCUCGCAGCAGAGGCGGUUACGUCAUUUGCGAAGCAUCGCAGCAAGGAACAUUGUGAACAGAAAUGAUUCCCCCCUUUUGGACACCUACUUCACCCUGCACUUGUGUGUGGGUGACCGCAUAUCUAGAGACUUUUACAAGAGUGAAGUCAUCAGAGACUCUUUGAACCCGACCUGGCGGAGUUUGGACUUUGCGAUGCUGCCAGACCUGCUGGACACGUCAGUGUCGUGUUUUGUGGUGCGAAUUUGGGGCGGCAGAGAGGAACACUACCAGCUACUCAUUGAGUGGAAGGUCAACCUAGAUGGCCUGCGAUAUACAGGACAACAGAUUCGUUCCAGGAAUCCGAAUGAGAUCAUAUUCGGGCUGAAUGAUGGUUACUAUGCAGCUGAUUUUGAUCAAAAGGAGAACUCUGAGAAAAAGAAGAACAGUUUGCUUCAGGUGGAUCAGAGCUCAGUCCGGAACUCCUACAGCGUCUUCUCACUCCUCAGGCUGCAUACGGCUCAGCGGGCGAUCAAACAGACGCAAGUCACUGUUCAGAGGAUCGGAAAAGAGAUCGAGGAGAAGCUGAGGACGACUGCAGCCUGCACAGAGCGGAAGAAAGAGCGUGAGUGUAUGCAGCUGCGGAUUGGAGUGUUGCGCAGUGAGCUGGAGAGACAGCGGAAAGCGCUAAUGCGAGAGAUGGACACACUGCAGAAAGAGCAAGUGCAGCUUCAGAAGAAAGAAGAGGCAUUCUCCACUAGUCAUCAAAAGCUGGAUGCUGAGCGAGAGACUCUGUUGGACCUUCAUAAGGAGUGUGCUGCUAAAAGAGAGCUGUUCCUAAAGUCAAAUGCCCAGCUCACCUUCCGAUGUCGCCAGCUUCUCUCUGAGCUCUCUUACAUCUACCCCAUUGAUGUGAAUAAUCAAUCGGACUAUGUGAUCUGUGGAGUGAAGCUUCCCAACUCUGAAGAUUUUCAGGCAAAGGAUGAUGGGAGCGUGGCGGUUGCCCUCGGUUACACGGCUCACCUGGUGCUGAUGAUCUCCAGCUUCCUACAGAUCCCCCUCAGGUAUCCCCUCGUCCACAGGGGCUCACGCUCCACCGUCCGAGACACCAUCACCGACAAGCUGAGUGAGAAGGAGAGAGAGUUCCCUCUGUACCCUCGAGGUGAGCGCUUUCACUUUGAGUAUGGCGUCUACCUGCUCAACAAAAACAUCGCUCAGCUUCGGUACCAGCAUGGCCUCUCCACACCGGACCUGCGGCAGACUCUGCCUAACCUGAAGAACUUUCUGGAACAUGGUCUGAUGGUUAGAUGUGAUCGCCACGUCUCCAGCUCCAUCCCAGUUCCUGUGAAGUCCCACUUGAGUGUUUCCGCUGCCUCAGAUAUCGCUUUCAUGGCCUCUCCCGAAAGAGGAACUCGCAAAAGAGCGAGUUCAGAGGCAGAUAAGCAGAAAUAUAAAGAAAUGCAGACGCCUCCACCCAGCUAUCGCACCGCCACAGGCCAGCGUGACCCAACAGUCCUGCCAGAAGAUCCUGCUGACCCUUCUGUCCUCAUGAGCUCCUCUCUGGAUGCUAGCAUUGACUUAGCCAAGACCCUCGAUGCUGACGGACAGAUGAAGGAGGAUGAAGCAGCUGGGCAGCUGAACGAAGCGGCUGAGGUAGACGAAGAAGUUGAGAAAGAUUUAGAAAAGCCAGAAGAAGAAACCAUAGCUCCUGGUCCUCCAGAUGUCCUCCCUGCUGGAUGCUCUUUGGAAGAAGCCCCAGCUAGUCAGCUUCCAGGCACCAUGAACGGAUCAGCCGUGCCUGGAAAUGGGGUGAAUGUGGGGAUUGCCGCUGUAGAGCAAGCGGAGGAAAUCAUGGGCACUGAAGCCACAGGUUUAGGCCUCGGGCUGGGGUUGGGGUUGGGACUGGGACUGAGUGGCAGCGCCAGGUUGGAGGAUUUUCCGUGCAUUCCUGUCGAGCACGCUGUUGCUGUGGAAAGCGAUGAUCAGGUUCUAGGAGAGUUAGACGCCGCUGGAUUUGAGGAAUUCUCCAGACGUAUCUAUGCACUAAAUGAGAACAUGUCCAGCUUCCGACGGCCAAGGAAAAACUCGGACAAAUGACCGAAACGUGGGCACAGGACUCGACAGGUCAAAGGAACACUAGUUUUCAGCUGAAUUUCUGUGUUAUGUUUUGCAUUGGUAGCGUACAGUUGUUUACCACUACCAGGUAUUUCGACAGGUUUCCCUGAAAUUAAAAAGAACUGCCCAAAAAAAUAGAUUCAAUUCAACUCAUGUAUUGUAGAAUUGAGUGGCCAAUUCCUAAAUCAUGGCAGUUAAUGUUUAAAUUAAAGCCUAAAGUAAAUUUCUGAACUUUCAAAGAUGGGCUGGUCUUGGACCCACAUCUAAGCGUUUAAUUUCUCUCAAAGUUCAGGAGAAUUUGAUCAUCAUUUUGAUAGUCAGUGAUAAUCAGCCCUACGCUACCAAUGCGACAUAUAGGCAUCCAGCUGCAAAACGUUGGCGUGUCCUUCAGAAACCUACAGACAGGCCUAAUCUUCAUGAGGCCACGCCCUGACUGCAUUGAACAUAGACAUUACAUAAAGAGAUAUAUUAUUAUUGAUAAUAAUAAUAGGAAAUAUCUGGAUUAUUGACCAAUUUGCACUUCCUGAAGCAUUUCUAUAAUCCUUUCAAACUAAAUAAAAGCGAAUGUUUGUGGUUGAAA